UGGCGUCUUCUAUGAAGAAGUCAACUACAUGACUUGGAAGAAAGGAAGGAAGGACGACACUGAGAAUGAGAAGGAGGUGGAAGAUAUUGAAGGGCUUCUCGAGGAAAGAGCCAUCUUAAUUGGACAAGAGGAAGAAGAGGAGAUGGAUAAUGAGGCAACGUCAACGCCAAAGGAAGCCGAACCCGAACCGGAGGAGGAGAGGAUGGGGAGAGGACGACGCAUCAAGAAGCCGAAUCCAAACGUGGUUGGCCCUCAAUAUGCCAACGCCAUCAUGACGCGUGGAGGAGGAGCCGGGGAGACAUACCGUAUUCCCCCGUAUAAAGCACCCUAGGGUGGUAACCAAAAUGCCUCUAAAUUUUGAGGAGGGUGUAAUUA